GGCUUCCUACUUCCCUUCCUCCCUUCCAGGCGGCUCCAGCCUCCCGGCUCCCGCUAAACUCGGCCGGAGUGGGAACGCGCAGGCGCCGUGUGGAGCUCUCAGAGCGUGGAAUAGCGGUAGUGGGACCCGUGGUAGCCAGAGUUGAAAUCCAGUGCUCCAAGUGUCUUUGAGGCUUUAAUCGCAUGACUGAGCACUGAAAAUGUGAAAAACAGUUUUAGACCAGAAUAACAAGAGGAUCAUCCUCUCGGACCUGCCUGAGGCCAGGAGAAAACAUGGGGAGGGUUUUCCUCACAGAAGAAAAGGCCAAUUCCGUAUUAAAACGCUACCGAAGAGCUAAUACGCUUUUUGAAGAAAUCAGACAGGGCGAUAUUGAACGUGAGUGCAAAGAAGAAGUCUGCACAUUUGAAGAAGCCAGAGAAGCUUUUGAAAAUAAUGAAAAAACUAAGGAGUUUUGGAACACCUACACAAAAGCACACCAAGGAGAGAGUAACAGAGGAAGUGACUGGUUUCAGUUUUACCUUACCUUUCCAUUAAUCUUUGGCCUCUUCAUUAUCCUUCUUGUCAUUUUCCUAAUCUGGAGAUGCUUCCUAAGAAACAAAACUCGAAGACAGACAGUGACUGAAGGCCACAUUCCUUUCCCUCAGCACCUUAAUAUUAUCACUCCUCCUCCACCACAAGAUGAAGUGUUUGAUAGCAGUGGACUAUCUCCAGGCUUUCUGGAAUAUGUAGUUGGGCGCUCAGAUUCUGUCUCCACUCGCCUGUCCAACUGUGAUCCACCACCAACCUAUGAGGAAGCCACUGGUCAGGUGAACCUGUGGAGGAGUGAAACAGAACCUCAUUUAGAUCCACCCCCGGAAUACGAAGACAUAGUCAACUCCAGCUCAGCCAGUGCCAUUGCUAUGGUGCCUGUGGUCACUACCAUAAAAUGAAGCUACAGACUUUUUAACUCUAAUCAUUUUUAAAAUACUAAUGAAAGAACUUUCUAGCACUUUACCACUACAUAAAUAUUCAUUGACUUAUUUUAUUAAAUUCUUACAGCAUACCACUUUACCCUUAUUGGUCUGAUUUUCUUUAGUUUUGUUUUCUAUUACGAAAUCAUUAUACAUGCUUAUUUUUGCUAGAGGGAAUAUCUGAAAAGGGAAAACACACCAGUGGGUGUAUUCAUGUGAUGAUAUAUACAUCAAGCUAGUGUAUGUGCAACUAUCCUAAAAAUCUAUUAACUUCUAUCUAAAUCACCUUCAAAGAGAACGUAACCCAUAAAAAUUGGGAAAAAAGAGGCACUGACAAUUUAUGUAACAGAUAGCAAGCAACAUGUUACAGAAUUUUGCCAAACGGAUGUACCUAGCAUGCUUUCUAAUUCUUAUAGGCUUUUGUUAACCUCUGGUUCUCCAUCUACCUUAAAAAGGGAAAAAUGUGUGAAGUCACUCUUGAUUUUAGGAAUAUCUCAGAAAGAAAGAACAUACACAUAGUGAGGAACAACUUGUUAAUAGUGUAUAGAAAGGAAAUCACAGGUCAAGUGUGAUCGGUGACUCACUUUAUACUAGGACUUUUAUUCUGCCUCAAAUGAAACACUUUGCUUAGCUUAGCAUCUUUGAAUGUCUCGUGCUAUUUAUAUUAACAUCUCAGUGGGGAAGAUUUCUGGCAAUAGAAUAAUUUCUAAGUGGAUAUAUGCAUUUAAUAACAGGCAGUAGAUAUGUAUUAUUUCUUUGCUUCUGGGGAGAGUAAUAAUUACUUUCUUCUUCCCAUUUCAUUGCCUUUUAGUCUCCUGUUUACGGUAUCUCCUACCACCACAGAAUCUUCAGUCACCCCAGAUUUUAGUUAAAAUAAAACUUUAAGAUUGUUUUCUUGAAGGCUUUGCCUGAAGAUUAUGAGGAGACAAUUUUCUAUUACAUUAUGAGCUGUGAUUUUUUAUUGCUCUUCAGUUGGUGCAAAAAUAUUGUAAAGAAUGUGUUAUGGCAGAUGGACACUAAACUAUAGUCACACAUAGAUCUCAUUAUUGUUGCUAUUUUAUUUUGAAUUUUCAUCAAACUUCUUAAAACUACAGUAUUUUUGCCUUUCCUUUGGAGCAAAGGGACCUGGCCAUGAAUGAACUGCCAAUAUAAACUGACUCAGAAAGAAAAAAAGGAUCAAAUGAGAUAUUUUGUGUGCAGGUAAUUUGUAAAAUAUUAAGAGCUAUUCAAAUGUAAGAUCCUUGUGUUAUUAUUGUGCUUCAGGGGGAAUUUUCUCCUUGUUUCUCCAAACUUGAGUGGAGCUUUCACAUAGUGAAAAAUGGAAAAAAUUGCUGAUCUGUGUGGGUGGACUGUUACUUAAUCCCUCCAAUUCACUACUGUACACCGAAGCUGUGCCAAUUUAAAGAUGAUUGCCAACCCAGCAAAAACAGAGUGAAGAAGUGUUGCAAAAUAAACUAAAGUGUGUGAGUUGAGAUAAUAGGUGUCACAGCUUUCAUAGAAUAAAAAAUGGUCAUAUCUUGAUAAUGAUCUCAGAAAUGACAAUUAUUAUGAAUUAUGCCAUGCAUACAUGGUGAUCUUCAGUUUCUAAUUAAAUCUAAAAGAGUGAUCCAGCAGUGAUUUAUCUACAUGUGAAAUUUUGGGUUGUUUUUAAAUGAAAAUUAAGGCUCUUUGUGUAGACUUCUGUCGGUAGCAACAGGCUUUACAUUCGACCAGCAGUUUUCCAAGUAUGACCCAUGGACCCCUGGAGUUCUUGAAAACCUUCCAGAGGAUCUGUGAGGCCAAAAUAUUUUCAUCAUACUACCAGGACAUUAUUUAUCUUUUCACUAUAAUUCUCUCAACAAAGAUUUGAAAAUGUAAAACAAUGUUGUCUCCCCACACAGUUUUUUCUGUUUUAAAAAAUGUAGCUGUUUUUAAUAAAAAUUUUAUUUACGUUGGCACAUAAUGAACUUUUAAGUGAAUUAACACUUAAAAUUUUGGUCUAUUUUCUAAUAUGAUAAAUUUUAAUAGAUAUAACUCUCAUAAACAAAAACUCUUGGCAUCCAGAUCCCCAGUAAAUUUUAAAAGUAUAAAGGGACAUCUGUAGACAAAAAGUUUGAGCAGUGCAGGACUACACAAAGGAACAAGAAAUUCUAUGACUAGGUAUCUAUUCUUACAACUUUAUUUUACAUUUUAAACUCCUAAUAUUGGAUUUAAUGCUGCCUCAUAAAGAUACCUGAAUUACAGUAUAAGAAUGAAUGCUGACCUUUGAAACAAAAGCCAAAUGUUUAACUGAUCAAUAGCUACAGAUUUUUUAGAUUAUUGAUGAAAGAUAACACUACUCCAUAGAAAUAGUUACAUCAGCCACAGAUCUCUUGGGAGCUUUGCAUGAUAAUGAGAGAAUAAACGAAAUACCACUUUCUUCACGAAAUAUUAUCUUAGGUUUGUUUGUUUGGAUAUGGUUUGGGUUUUAUAUUUUUAAAAUCCCUUUUGCUACCCCGUCUGGUUUUAUAAACUGAGUUUCUUAACUUUUAUUAUAAUUACAGGGCUUGUCUGGAAAAAAAAAUAUAUUUUUAUGCUUUGCCUUUCUUACCUGAUUGAUAUUGCAUUUACCUUUGAUCAUUUUUAAUAAAAGUUUAUUUUUGAAGAAUAUAUUUACUACCUUUCUUAAGCAGUAACUUAAUUGAAUCAACCAGUUUGUAUUUAAAUAAAAGAAUGGGCUCAAUGUUUAUUCAGUAGAAUGAUUUACAAACCUCCACAUGAAGUUGUUGCCUGGAAUCCUAGAACUGGCACUUUUUGCUUCUCUGCUUUAAAUGUCACAAUAAACUGUAUUUGUUUAACGUAAA